GCAGCUUUUAUCCUCCGGAUUUCUCGCCAGCCCCUGUCCCUUAAUCCCGCCUGCGUGCCUGCCACACCCACACCCCGCCACUCAGGUAGCCUCAUGGCUGCAACCUGUGAGAUUAGCAACGUCUUUAGCAACUACUUCAGUACUAUGUACAGCUCGGAGGAACCCGCUCUGGCUUCUGUCCCCACUGCCGCCACCUUCGGGGCUGAUGACCUGGUUCUGACCCUGAGCAACCCCCAGAUGCCACUGGAGGGCACAGAGAAGGCCAGCUGGUCGGGGAAGCAGCCCCAGUUCUGGUCAAAGGCCCAGGUUCUGGACUGGAUCAGCUACCAAGUGGAGAAGAACAAAUACGACGCCAGUUCCAUUGACUUCUCGCGGUGUGACAUGGACGGGGCGACGCUCUGCAACUGUGCCCCGGAGGAGCUGCGUCUGGUCUUUGGGCCUCUGGGGGACCAACUCUAUUCCCAGCUGUGGGACCUCACUUCCAGCUUUCCUGACGAACUCAGCUGGAUCAUUGAGCUGCUGGAGAAGGACAGCAUGGCCUUCCAGGAGACCCUGGGCCCCUUCGACCAGGGAAGCCCCUUCAGCCAAGAGGUGCUUGAGGAGGGCCGGCAGGCCAGCCCCUACUUCCCCGGCAGCUAUGGCACAGGGGCCCCCUCCCCCGGCAGCUCCGAUGCCUCCACUGCAGGGACUGGUACUUCCCAGAGCCCCCACUCCUCAGACUCCGGUGGAAGUGACGUGGACCUGGAUCCAACUGACAGCAAACUCUUCUCCAGGGACGGCUUUCCUGACUAUAAGAAGGGGGAUCCUAAGCACGGGAAGCGGAAAAGGGGUCGGCCCCGAAAGCUGAGCAAAGAGUCUCGGGAAUGUCUGGAGGGCAAGAAGAGCAAGCACGCCCCCAGAGGCACCCACCUGUGGGAGUUUAUCCGGGACAUCCUCAUCCACCCGGAGCUCAAUGAAGGCCUCAUGAAAUGGGAGAACCGGCAAGAGGGUGUCUUCAAGUUCCUGCGAUCAGAGGCCGUGGCCCAGCUUUGGGGCCAGAAGAAAAAGAACAACAGCAUGACUUACGAGAAGCUGAGCAGAGCUAUGAGGUACUACUACAAACGGGAAAUCCUGGAGCGGGUGGACGGCCGGCGGCUGGUCUACAAGUUCGGCAAAAACUCUAGUGGCUGGAAGGAGGAAGAGGUUGCUGGGAGUCGGAACUGAGGGUCCGAACUAGACCCAGGACCAAACGCACGGACUUGAGGCCUGCGGCCCCUCUGGGGAUGGGCAUGCUCCGGCUCCGGCUGUGCUGUGGUGGACAAGCUGAGGCUCUGGUGUCCUGUCAGCCAUCGUCCUGGAUCUGGGGCUCACGGCCUCUCCUCUCUGCCCUCUUCGUGGAAUUACGAGCCCUGGGACUUGAGGUGACCGCUCUUGCUGACUUGUCUGCAAGCGUAGCUUCUUCUACCUGGUGCGUCCUCAGAUCCAACCCAGACACCAGCCAUGGACAGCACCUUCCUCCUCCAGAUGCCUGGACUGAGCCGAGGAGGACAAGGGAAGCACCAGGGGUGCUGUGAGAGAGGGGACGGGAUGGGGUCCUCCUGAAACUGGUUUCUGGACUGCCUUCCACCUCCGUGCUUGGACUCCGCAGGCAGGGGUCAGAGCACUCCCUAAUUUAUAAAUACGUCAGAUGUACAUAGAGAUCUAUUUUUUCUAAGACAUUCCCCUCCCCGCUCCUCUUCCACCAUGAGCUGGUGGCCAGACUUGACUGUUCUAGGCCCUUGGCCAGGCCAGAGAGGGGAAGGGAGAUGCCGGGACCCUCAGGAUGGGGCUUCUGGCUCCUUUUUCCUGUGAAUGGAGGUGAAGACCUCCAAUAAAGUGUCUUCUGGGCUUUUUCUAA